AUGAACACACCUCCCAGUGUGCCCCAUGCUCAUAAGGACGCUUCGGAAGUCCAGAAAAAUGAUCCGUCGCCGUCGACCUUCUUGCCUGGGCUUAAAUCGUUCAAUAUUGAACAGGCUAAGUACAAGCAUUAUGGCCAUCUGAUGACUGCGGAUCAAGUGGAGAAGAUCAUGGUGAAGAAUGAAGAACCGAAGGAUCUGCGGUCAAAUCUGGUACUGUCCAGCAAUCUGAACCCCGGAACAUCUCCAUUGGAUCCUCCAAAGAGGGAAAAUAGAAAAAGAGAGGCAGAAUCUGGGACGAAAAAGGAAGCGGAAACCGCUCCCGAACCCAGUCAGAAUUGCAACAAUUCAGAUACUCGUCUGGAUCAUCUGGAUCAUCUAGAACACGACUACCUGAUGGAGCCCAGACUGGAUGGUCGCAUGGAGAACCAAAGUAUUCUUGAUCACCUGCUUCAUGCUCUAGAUGUCUCUUUCGACAAGCCUUACAGUGAAGAAACCAUGCGAGAGAUGUUACGUCUUCGAGUGGAGCAGGAGCGCACCAAGCAAACACAUUACAAGCUCAAACUCAGCCAGGCUGUUCUUCAGCUUCUCAAGGAGGCUGAGAGCCAUGGUUUUGGUGGUGACUUGAUUCAAAAGCUCUUUUUGGACGACACCGCUGCCGAUUAUAGGAAUUACAUGCACUAUCUAGGAAGCAUUCCUAGCGAAGACCUCAGGAGAAAACUCGCUGGGGAGUCCAUCUAUGUGAGUCACAAUGUUCCAAUGGACCACCAUCAGGAACACCAUGUACCUCAUGGACACAGACCACAGCCUACGCAUACGCCCUCUCCCAAUAAGCUGCCUGUAGCAGACAACGUGAACAUGCAAAACUCUCACCACUUUGCAAGUGGAAGUCAUCUGGCUCUGGCUCGACACUCCGUAUCAGGAACACAGGCGAACUCUGCGCUGGAGUCCGCCUCGUCUAUUUCGGGACCAUCUCGCCUGCCUAAUUUGCCUGUCUAUCAGCUGCACGUAUACCCCAUCUAUUAUGCUCAAAUGCCUGAGCAAAUGCAGCAGCAAGUGAUGGUGCAGCAGGGCCAUGCACAGACUAAUGCACCUCAAGGCGCGCCUCAGACUGGCCAACCAGGUCAACCUGGCCAACCGGGACAGUCUCAGUCUGGACAGUCUGGACUGAACCAGCAAUACAAGGAAGAUGAGUCGUUGGGACUGCCUUACCAAAAAUACCCCGGAGUGGUGUAUCACUCGCUGCCUCCACAAUUCCGGAACUCUGGUCCUGGCCUGGUCAGUCAGCCUAUGACUCAGCCAAUGGGCCAGCAGCUGAUUCCUCAAGGUGGCAGACCGUAUUAUUACGUGAACUCGCUGCCUCCGGGAAUGAGGCCCGUGAUGACGUCUCAGUAUUUUGUUCCUCCACUGCUUCCAUCGGGAAUGGUGCCGUGGGGAACAUCGGCGCCAACGUCGGAUAAGAAGCCUGACGAAGAUCAUCACCACCACCACAAGAGGCAAAAGGGCAACAAGAACAGUAUCAACUUCAUGAUCACCACCCCAAAGAAUCCACCAGCGAAGAAAUACAACAAACUGUGA